AGCCAGCAGACAGACUGUGGAAUAGCAGUUUUAAACAAGGAAAUGGUGCAGCUGUCCAACUACCUGAAGGAGGCCCUGCACCGCGAGCUGCUGCUCAAACAGAAGAUGGUGAUUUUACAGGAGCUUUUCUCCACUCUGCUGCAAGCGUCAGAGAAAUCCUGGCAGGGUCAACUGAACGAAGAUAAACUGAAGUGUAAACUAAGGGCACUUGAAAACCAGCUGCAGGCCUGCACCCAGAGUUACUCCAAAGAGUGUGUGAAAAAGAUCCUGAUAGAGAUGGAGGACCAGAAGCAGACCUACGAGCAGAAGGCCAAAGAGGCUCUUCAGAAGAUGCUGGAGGACAAACUCCAAACAGAGCAGCAGCUGCAAAACUCCCAGAGAAGCCUGGCAGCGACGAGAGAGGACCUUGCCUUCUGGAAAGAGAACUACACCACGCUCAAAGCCGAGCUGACCAAGGUGACCACAGCGCACACUGAGCUCGAGAACAGCUUCCACAUUUUGCAAAGUGAACUCCAGCAAGCGGAUGCCCAGAAGGAGCAGCUGGGCCAUGCCCUGCGCAGCCUGCAGAGCGAGCACGCCGCGCUGCACCAGCGAGCCAGCGCCUUGCGAGAGGACAACGACCUGAAGGCAGAGCACAUCAGCGCCAUCGAAGAUAAAUUGCAAGAAGAACAAAAUCAGAAGGUGACGCUGGAGGCAACAAUCGGCCAUUUGCACAGCUUGAUACAGAACCAGACCAACAAACUGAAGACCCAAAAGGCAACAGUGCAAAGGAAAGACCAGGUUUUCACCGCACAGACCCCGCCUCUCACUCCUGCCAAGGAAAACCAAAAUGCUCUGUUAGAGCAGCCAGAGGAGGAGAAGGAGGAGGGAGAAGAAAGUCUAAAGGAUGAAAUGCAGAAACGGACAUCCCAGCUUACAGCAAAGGAGAAUGAGGCCCUUAUGGACAUAGAGGUAGCAGAAGUGAAAAUCCCUCACUGCAGUGCCUGUGCCUGGGCGAAGCACUGCAGCGGCUGCGGGAUCCCCACUGCUCCCAGUGAGCACGAAAGCAAGGGGAUCCCUCCUGCUAACUCGUCCUCACUCUGCUUGCAGUGCCUGGAGCUGCGCUCGGAGCUGGAGGCCCUGAGCGAGGAGUACCGCUCCUGCCUGACCAGGCUGCGCCAGUGCCGCAACGAGCUCAACCACUUCCAGAGCAGGCAGGCCCAGAGACAGCGCGGACACUGGAUCCCUCUCCUGGCGGUGCUGUUCGCAAUAGCCAUAGCCUCUGUGCUCGCAAGUUACAGACCAUGA